CCGCGGAGUCAGAAACCCACGCCCGUGUCGUCACGACGCGAGCUUGGAGCAGGGCGUGACACGCGGCGGCAGCUGAGGCGGGGACCUCACGGAUCGACCCCCGAGGACACAUGCCGUGAAUCUUGCCACGCAGGUGCAGCAAUGGAAGCUGGAGCCCCAUGGGCGGACCCCACGGGCAUUGGCUGGAACAUCCUGCCGAAACCAUGUGGGCUCUAGACAUCUUUGCACGAGCCGCGCACUCUCCGAGGUGCGGUGUUUCACCCUUCUCCUCCUCGUCUCCUCUGCUCCGAGAGCCGACAGCGGCCAUGACAGCUCGGCGGUUGCGGCGGUUGCAGCAGCUGCUGGCUGGCGUGGAAACCAAGAACACCUUCUUGGCUUGCGAGUCGCCUUGGGUCGACCCCGCGUCCCUGGACGAGCGCCCCGACUCGGACCCGACCUCGUCGUCGACCUCCAGCGAGCUGGGCCCGUCGAGCGGCGCCGGCCCGAACGACGCGGACGCGGCAUGCGGCGCUGCAAGCGAGGAGGAGCUGCUCGGGAGGAGGCGCCAGCUGGUCGAGUGGGCACGCGAGCACCGGGGAGCGCACCGCGUGGCGGCCGAGCCCGAGCUGGACGCGGCGACGGACAGGGGCGCCUCGGAGGAGCCCGCGCCCGCUCCCUCCAGGGCCCAGCAGCGGCGCCUGCAGCGGAGCACCGUCGGGCAGGGGUACGCGACGGCCCUGGCCUCCUCGGGGGGUGACGCGGCAGGCAGGCAGAGGGCCGCCGCGUCGAAUGGCGCCACCAAGAUCUCCCUGUGACCGGCCGCCUCGCAGGCCCCUCGCGCAGCAGCGCUGGUGUGGCGCACUGUAGACAGAUGGAGUCUUUCCGUGCCGGGCUGCCUGAGUGCAGACCGCCGGGUGGCUUACCGUCUUCUUGAGCGCUGCGCAGUAGAAGCAGGGGGAUCAUGUCAGUUCGCAGGGCAGUGCGUGUUCGCACAGUUUUUCGUCUCUUUGCUGGCUUCUUGGCGCCAGCCGACCUCCUCACGACUCAUGGCUCCGCGUUCGAGGGGGGAAUUGAGGGCCUGGGAGAGUUUGUUCUGCUCCAAGCAGAUGUCUUGGGCUUAGAGUUGUUUUCCCUGCGUGGCAAUGUAUAAAGAAGCUUGACUGGCAGGAGUCCACGCCCAUACAUUUCUCCUUGUGCACCCAGCGCAAGAUGGAACGUGGUGAGACUCAUGCGCAUGUGAAUAAGCGCAGGGACAUGCUCAGGAGAAACAUCUUCCUCAGGACGGCGAUUGUUUGGGUAUGCACGCUCAGCCAGCAUCAGCCAGCAAUUGAGCAGUACGCGUGUCACAAACACGUCGACCAUCACGUUCACCCCACGCAUCUCACCCA